CGUUGUCGUCUAUUUUAGCCCUGCCCAGCCACCGUAGCUAGCCAAUACAGAAAAUGGCGUCAGCUGAGUCCCAGCCGCGCUUCGGCCAGUCUGUCAAAGGAUUAUUAUCUGAUAAAGUGGGCUCCUGUAGCGUGGAUGUGAUUGCACUGACCCGCCAAGUGCUGAAGGGAUCCCGCAGUCAGGAGCUUCUUGGUCAAGCUGCAAGAAAUAUGGUCAUUCAGGAGGAUGCCAUCCUGCACUCUGAAGAUAGUCUGAGGAAAAUGUCAAUUAUCACUACACAUUUACAAUACCAGCAGGAGGCCAUCCAAAAAAAUGUGGAGCACUCUAAAAACCUGCGGGACCAGCUGAGACACCUGCUCAAGUGAGGGAGCAGCAGGGGAUGUCAAACCCCCAGCCUCAGGAGGCUCCUGUGAUAACAAACACUGUCUUAACAGGAUGUUAAGAAUCAUCAGUGUUUUUAUUUAGGCCACAUGCCAUAUUUUGACUCCAUCCACAUAUUGCUGGCUGUGAAAGUGGGGACCGUCAUCAAUGUUUUGGAAUUGGUGUUGUGCUCUAUAUCAAACACAGUACAUGUGUUGAAUAAUUGCAUUGCAAAGCAAGGACCAUUUUUUCUUGAGUUGUGUAAAAUGUUUUGAUCACUGUAUUGUAUUAAUUUAUUAAAUACUUUGUUUCAUCUUGACUCCUCA